AAUUAAUUUCUUUAAUCGAGUUAUUUAAAUGAUUUCAUUAACGACACCUGAAAUAGCCUUGAAAGAAUUGUUGAAUAAAUGCGAUCACGAAUUCAAACUCAAUUAGAGUGGAAAUUGCAACAAUUCCACCACUUAGUUCGUUGAGAAACCCAACUGGUAAGUUAAGAAUGUCAACACAGUACCAUUCCAACCAUCGACGAUUAUAGAACUCUAAAAAAAUGGAUAAAACCGAGGAGGAUUUUAAUUUAGAUACGGGCGGUGGGGAUAUUCAUAAACCGCCAAUGAAGAAAUGGAGACAAAUUUAUGCAAUAUCAUCCGCUGCCAUGUCUUCGUUUAGUUGUGCAAUGCUGUUCAAUUGGCCAUCACCAGCGAUUCCAAAAUUAAUAUCAGAUUAUGACAACAUAACGUUAACAGAUGCCUCUUAUUUAUCAGUAAUCCCGCCGAUUGUAACGAUAAUUUUCAGUCCAUUUUUUGGAGUACUCUUGGAUAAAUUUGGACGUAAAAAAACAUUACUAUCAAUCGCAGGGUUUCAUAUAAUUUCUUUAGCAUUGAUAGCAAGCGCGAAAACGAUUUGGAUGUUUUAUUUAUCACGAGUUUUUUUCGGAUUAUCUGAUGUUUUUAUGUUUGGAAGUUUACCAAUUUAUAUAGCGGAAGUCGCAAGUCCUAGUAUUAGAGGAACAUGGGGCAACGCAAUGAUGAUUUCAGUUUUUCUCGGACAGUUUGUUGUUAAUGGUAUUGGAUAUUAUUGCACAAUUCCAACGACUGCAUACAUUUUAAGUAUGGCACCAGUAAUUUUUUUUGCUUGUUUCAUUUUUGCACCUGACACUCCCUAUUUUUACGUAAUGAAAGAUGAUUUGGUCUCAGCCGAAAAAUCGUUAAAAUGGUUAAGAGGACUGGACGAUGUUUCCGAAGAAUUAGAUCAAAUAACAGCGGAUGUAAGAAGACAAUUUUCAGAUCCAGGGAAAUAUAAAGAUUUAUUUUUGGAGAAUAGUAAUAGAAAAGCGCUUAUUAUAGUUGUUUUAACACGAAUUAUUCAAAUGUUUAGUGGAAUAGCGGCUUUCUCGGUUUAUAAUCAAUACAUAUUCAAAGAAGCGACUCAAGAUAUUAACGAAGGUCACUCAGCGAUGAUUUUUAACGCAAUCUUAGCUAUUGCAAGCAUCUCUGCACCAAUGUUUAUCGAGAAAAUUGGAAGAAAUCGUUCCAUGGUCAUUUCUUGUUUAGGAUCUGGUGUUACUCUUCUUGCAGAAGCAAUUUAUUUUUACCUUCAAAGAGAAACUACAACCGAGAUGUCCUCUUUUACUUGGUUUCCAAUAGUCGGCCUCGUAGCUUACGUUAUCGUCUUUUCAAUCGGACUAGGAUUGGUUCCUGUUCUUUUAGUUGGUGAAUUAUUUCCUACAAAUAUGCGAGGUCACACUUCGAGUACAAUGAAUGUAAUUUUCGCUUUAUUACUUAUGGUUACAACAAAGCUAUUUCAUUUAUUAAUUAGUGGAUUUGGAUUGUAUGUUCCUUUCGCAUUUUUUUCGAUUUGUUGUUUUAUUGGUGUUGUUGUUUGUUAUUUUAUUGUACCAGAAACUCGAGGAAAAACUUUAGAAGAAAUUCAACAAUUAUUAAAAAAGCAAGAGAGACACAUUUAAAAAAAUUGUAUUUAUUAGUUUAGUUUUUAAUAUUUUAAC